AUGCAGUGUCGUGAAAUGGUAACGAAGAUUGUCAGCAGCCAGCCGAUAACGUUAGAGGAAAAAAACGACGCACUGGAAGUGCUCCUUCAGCGAGGACCUGUUACCAAAGCGCUUACGAUCCCUUUGGUAUGGCUAAGGGACCAUUGUCGACAGCCAGCAAGCUACAAUCAAGCAACGAAUCAGCGCAAGUCGAAUGCCACCAAUCUUUUUGAGUGUGCUGAAAUUGAUGGGAUGGAGAGCGUGAGCAUCACCGAUGGAAAUAAGCUGGCUAUUCGGUGGAAGGAUGGCUUGCAAUCCCAAUUCCACGUCAGUGACAUCAUGGAAUGUUCAGAAUUGGAUCGACCUCCCAUUCUCUCUAACUAUGUAAAAUCGUGGAAACAGUUGUCACCGGACGAGCUGCCACGAAUUAACAUAUCAGGAUUCUCCAUGAAGGCAUUUGCGGAUCUAUUUUUGAAGUAUGGAAUGGUGAUCGUCGAUGGAGUGGAAGCAAAUCCUCAUGCCACUGAACAAUUUUGUCGCAACAUCGCCCCAAUUCAUAAUACGUUCUUUGGUUCAUUCUGGGUGUUUAGCAACGAAAAACAGGAGAAAGGGGAAGAAUAUCACGAAGAUACGGCAUACGGAAACGAAUCAAUUGGUCCGCACACUGAUGGUACAUAUUUUCAACAAACACCUGGAAUACAGGUCUUCCACUGUCUUCAUGUUGCGGAAUGUGGAGGCGACACAUUAUUGGUUGACGGUUUGUAUUGCGCUAAUCAACUAAAGAAAGGGAAUCCAGAAGCAUUCAGAAUACUAACUGAACAUAAGAUCGAACACAACUAUAUCGAGGUGGGUAAUGGAGAUGCUGAGCUUUACUUCAUAUCGAAAGAAAAGACAACAAUUGAGCUCGAUUCAAAUGGGAAUAUCGUGCAAAUCAGGUCACAUUUCAGGUUCAAUCCUUAUGACCGUGCUCCUUUUCGAAUAUUGCGAGGAGGCAACGAUUCAGCUUUCUACGCUCGCAAAGCACUGAAGUUCUAUCGUGCCUACACUGCCUUCUCACGCAUCUGCCAUCUUCCUGAGAAUUCCACGACGAUCUCCCUCAGGCCAGGGACCGUUAUCUUCAUUGAUAACUUCAGGAUACUGCAUUCCAGGACUGCUUUUACGGUAUGA